AUGAUGAUGUGCCGUCUGCUGUGCGCCCUGUUGGUGCUCGCCCUGUGCUGCUGCCCGUCCGUGUGCGUGACAGAACCUCCGGAGAAGCCUAAAGUUGAUUUAAACACCUCCGUUCCAUCGACUUCUGGAACAGGAGUAAAAGAGGCACCACAGGCGAACAGUCAAUCACUACCACAAGGUAUAAAUUCCGUUUUGGACCAGGAUAAUGUUGGCGGUGAAAUAAGAGUUUUGACGGAUCGGGAUUCUCAAACAGAUGACGCUCACAAUUCGGUAAACAGAGAAGGUACGGACGGUGAUACGGGACUAAGAAGUCCCAGCGAUUUUUCCGAAGAAAAAACACAUGAAGAAACCGAAGGUCGUGCCAAGACGACCACUAUAAAAAAGUCACCGGAGGAUGACAGGAAGGCUAAGCCUGAAGCCAAUACAAAUGCCACCAGUCCAAUGCCCUCUGCACCAGUAAUUAAGCCAUAUGACGCUUCUGCUCACACGACCAUGACGACUGCAACACGUGAACCAACCACCACCACAACGACCACUACAACACGGGCGCCAAGCACUACUACAACUACUACAACCACGACGACCACCCGCGCACCGUCACGUCUGCGCGAAAUCGACGGCAGCCUCAGCAGCUCUCCGUGGGUGUGUGCCACGCUGCUGCUCGCCGUAUCCGCGCUGGCGUGCACCACUGUGGGCUGA